AUGUCGUCCCUUAUGGAUGUUGCCAAGGCGAUGAACGCUGAGGCUGCUGGAAGCUCGACCCCCUUGUCCCUUGUUGACGUUGCCAAAGCUGAAAGCGCAGCAAAUGCUUCAACGAAGCCGUUAACUCUGAUGGACGUCGCCAAGCAAGAGACCGAGACACCGAAGCAGACGCUGCAGCAGCUAGCGCAAGAGAUCGACAAAGAAGAUCGAUCGCGGAUUCAGGCAGCGCUCGAUACAACCGCCAAGGAGGUGAAGGUCGAGCGUCAAGAAGUUCGCGGACAGACCAUCAAGCAAGCAGCAGCGGAAUUGCAUCAAGAGGGGCAACAGGCGGCAGAAGUGCUAAAGAAGCAGGAGGAGCCAGACGACCCAGCUGAAGAGGAAGAGAGCUACGACCCACCCCCGCGGGCAACUCCGAGCGAGUCGAAGGAAAGCAAGGAGUUCCUUCGAGCUGUGUACCGAGCCGACAAGUACCAGGUCCGAGACAUGCUUGACGACGGAGUCGUCGACGCUAACAUUGCGGAUCAGCACGGCUGGAGUGGUCUUCACUGGGCGGCUUCUCAGGACCACAGCGACAUCCUGCAGCUCCUUCUCCAGAAAGGUGCCGAAAUCAACGCCAUCGACCAGAUCAACGGCUGGACAGCUCUGCACGUCGCCGUGGUGCGUGAAUCCGUCGCGUGCGUCCAGCUGCUCCUGUCCUCGGGCGCCGAGGCUCGCAUCCGCGACAACUACGGGGACAGCGCCGUCGAGUGCCUCCAGGCCGCGAGCAGGAAGAAGAAGCUCAAGAUGCUGCAGCUCCUGCAAGAAGCUCGAACGAAUCACAGCAAUCGUUAG